UUCCUGUACUUAGAGUGGUCUCCCCUAUCAGAGACAGCUUAUUUCAGGCGUAGGUUGGGAAGGUUACUGAUCUAGUUCAGAAAUUCCAAUAAUAUGCAAUGUCUUAUACGUAAGCCGAUUUUUAAAAUCUGAAAUAUAUUAAAUCAACAUCAUUGUAAUAUAAUCAAGCAAUAUCACUGACAUUUCAAAGGUCGAAAUCAUAAAAUAUCAAUUACGGAAUGACAGACUUCCCCGGUUGGUGGACUGGUCCUCAAUGUUAUGGUAGAAGCCGAAUCUCGGAUACAGUGACCACACGUUUGUGAUGACAGAGACAAGGCACCAGGGCGUUAUGACACACGUCCAAUAGAUAAAAGCGAAUCGUUCCACUAUGGAGUAGUCCGUACACGCGUUUACCGUCACGUGCACACACAUACAUGCUAUCGGGCACCUGCCAUCAUCAGCCGACAACCAUGCCAUCCAACAUUCAUCGUCUGUGUUUUUCUACAAUUUUCGUAUUUCUCCUCCUGGACUUAGCCAUCUCACAGGAUAUACAAGCCUUCUUUCAAGGUAACUGCCAACAUGACAAGGUCUGUGCUGACAUUUGUACGCCUAUGGACAAUGGCUACUUCUGUGGUUGUAAGGAGGGACACGUGCUCAGCACCAAUGGUUUCUCCUGUCGCAAGAUCCCUGGCCUUGAGGAGCACCCUGUGGUGGACGAGGCACUGAACCGGAAUUCACCUUCACUCCCCUCAUCUGACACCAUUACACUCUCAUCAUCAGAGCAACUUGUGAUAAAACCUGCUGGACAGAAUGGCCAGGAUGAUCAAACUGGACAUAAUGACGUCGACUUAUCAAAUUCUUUGUCUCGAGACAAUGGCCAUGACUUGGCACUGGACACAAAUGACCACAUUAUGGCCGAAAUGUUUGACCUCAAGGAAAAGUCAGUGAAAGACACGCACAGUGAUGUGAUACAGGGUGUGGGGGAGCCACUGUCUCUGAUCCAUCGCCCCAGCUGCCACGGUGUCGUCUGCCAAAACAACGGUACCUGUUUGGUAGAUCGCAGCAUUGUGCGGUGUAAUUGCCCCAUAGGCACCUCAGGACGCAGAUGUGAAAAACAGAUAGAGGUACGAUUCCCUAAGUUCCUGGGAAACGGUUACCUUGCCCUACCUGUACUGAAGUCUGGCUACAAAGAGUUUGACAUCCAGAUAGACUUCAAACCCCAGGCCAACAACGGUUUGCUGCUGUUCACAGCUGAGAACACCAACGCUAAGUCCGACUUCUUUUCUGUCGCCCUCAUCGAUGGAUACGUGGAGUUCAGGUAUGACUGCGGAACAGGCCCAGCCAUAUUGAGAAGUAAAGUACAGGUCACCAUGGGCAACUGGAACAGGGUACAUGCUCGCCGGGUGGACAACGAGGGUUCUCUCCGACUGAAUGACGGCGAGAUGGUCGUCGGCUUCUCCAAGGGGGCGUACUCCCGGAUCACACUGAGUCUGCCAGUGUAUGUUGGUGGCUACAGGAACAUGACCUCCAUGUUACCACGCAUUGGCAUUACCAAACCCUUCGUGGGCUGUGUACAGGAGAUCACCAUCAAUGAGUACCGAUACGACCUGAGAAAAAAGGAGUUAGUCGGAGACACGCUGUUCGGCAUCAACGUUGGCGAGUGCAGUGAAGGGGUAUGUAACCAGGUGCAGUGUGCCAGGGGAGGUAAAUGUGUGGCCAAGUCAGCAGACCAACACAUCUGUCUGUGUCCUCUGGGAACAGGGGGAGAGAACUGUCAGUACGAAAUCAACGUCCGCAUCCCGGAGUUUGGUGGUCAUUCCUAUCUACAACAUAAUGGCCUCGGUCGCUCCACGCUAUCCUACACCCAGAUAGAGAUGGUGUUUAAACCCACGAGUCGUGAGGGGACCCUGCUGUACAACGGUUACACGCUGGACAGGAAGGGUGACUUCCUCUCAUUGGCGAUGAAGGAGGGGCACCUCGAGUUUUGCUUUGACCUUGGCACAGGGCCAGGGGUCAUCAGGAGUGUGGAGGAAAUAAGCCUAGGCCAGUGGCACUGGGUGCGUGUAUCCCGGACAGGUCUGCGUGGUGUGAUGGAGGUGGAUGAACAGCCACGUAUAGAGGGUGUGUCUCAUGGGGCGUUUACUCAGCUCACCCUGCUCCAGGACCUGUAUAUCGGGGGCCACGGUAACUACGACCACACUUCUCGACUCGCCAACCUCACCACCUCCUUCCAGGGCUGUAUACAGAAGAUCAUCAUUAACGAGCAGCCUCUACAGCUCCUGGAGGACGCCUCCCAGGGGGUGAACAUCGAGGGUUGUGAGCACCCCUGUCUGGGCGAGCCAUGCAUGAAUGGCGGGGAGUGUGUUCCUGACAGAGACGUGUACCAGUGUUUCUGUCCUCUUGGCUAUGGCAACACCAACUGCGAGGAUGAGAUUGAGAAGACGGUGUAUGUGCCCAGAUAUACUGGCCAUAGUUUCCUGUUAUACACUGGCCGGAGUAUCAACAAACGAGUGAGUGGCUCUAAGAUUGACAUCCAGCUGACCAUGAAGCCAGAGAGCCCCAAUGGUCUGAUCCUGUGGAGUGGCCGCGAACAGCCCAUCACCUCAAACAGUGACUACCUGGCCCUUGGGUUUGUCAAUGGUGCCCUCCAGUUCCGCUACAACCUGGGCAGUGGAGAGGCCGUCAUCUCUUACAAUGACACACGCCUAUAUGAUGGAGAAUGGCACACAGUUAGGGCUCAGCGGGACAAACAAGAUGGAUUCCUAGAGGUGGAUGAGACAGAAAUUGUGGAAGGAAGUUCCCCAGGCAGCUACACCAUGCUCAACACCAACAAAAUGUUAUAUAUAGGAGGAAUGCCCAACGUUUCACAGAACACCCUUAGAAAGUUCACGCGGGGAUUCGACGGCUGUAUCGCCAGCCUAAUGCUGGCCGAGGACUAUGACAUACGGCUGGGGGAGGAGGCACAGAGCGGUAGAAACAUACUGCCCUGUCGGACCCAGUUAUAAUAGAGUAUUAUAAUGACAUUAUAGUAGAGGUCAUCUCGGAUGGUCACUAUGUGUUUAACAUGCUGUACUUCAGUAUUAUGUGAUAAAAACUUCACUUCCUCCCUGUUUUAGCUAGGGUACAUCACCAUACAGGGACAUACCGUUGCCUCUCAGUCAACUCCUGUUUCCCGACAGAACACUAUAGGUUGUUGGACUGCGUUAGACUGUGCUGUCAUUGUGAGGAUAGAUUGUGCUACUGUACAGUGCUGUAGACACAGCGAGGAGGAACACCCCUUAGAUAUACACUAACGUACCAUGUAUCGAUUUUUCUGACCAUGUUAAUUUCCAAAGAUUGCAGUUGUCUUUAUCAUAUUAAAUUUUCUGAACAUUUUGAAAUAUUAACUCAUUCACCCCUGAAGACACAUUAGAACUCUUCCAGUUCAAUGGUUGGAACAGUUCAUUGUGAAAUUUCAGGGGGGAAAUGAGAGACGUCAAAACACAAGUAAUGUCACAGUGAGGAUGUUGAGUGUUGCAGGAUAGAGAAAAUGUAGCACAUAUUUACCGGAAAUUUUUUUCCGCAAUUUAUCUUCAUCAUUUUCACCCUCCGUAUUCGUGGCAAAAUCAUCAUAAGACCAAGUGUAAUUGAAAAGCAAACCAUGUAUAGUAAUUACAUGUUAAUGGCAAAAUUAAUAAUGGGCAAAUAUGGAUUUUAUAAGUGAAGGGAAAAAAAUAUGACUAGGCAGAAGUUUUCAUGUAUACAGAAUUUACGGGGAGGGUAAUCAAUAUUUGAGGAUUGCUGUUACAAUUCUGGGGGUGAAAACAAUAGCAUAAUAUAUGUUCAAUUACAAGUAUAUUCCAUAUUGAAUCCAUUCUGUUCUAAGAUUGGGUCACACUGUUUGUUACUAUCACAGUCUGUUGCCUCCUGAAUCAGUUGGGAUAUAUUUUAUCUCAGUGGUGUCCUGUUGUGUUCUGAAGGUGACUGGAGUUAUCUCCCAUUACAUAGUUUUGUGAAAAACAGUUAAUUUAAAACAGAUAUAUAGACAUAAAAGCAUUCCGGAAUUCUGCAUUUUCAGUUCAAUGUAACUUAGAUUCAUUGCUUGGAAAAAUUGUAAUUGCUAUUCAUUCUAAGAUGUUCAAAACCAUUUUGGGUAACGUUUGUUUGAAAGGGCCGGAUGAUGUAGUUACAUACAAGCUGAUAGAAUUGCAACUUAUGUCAUUCCAGCCUGUUGUCACAAGCAACAAUAAAUAUGUUGACUCUCUAGACAAUAGUUCACAGGUAAACAAAAAGAAAUGAUUACAAGAUAGCUUUACAGCAUUCGGCCACGUCCUGUCAGCUAGUGUUAUGUAAAAAUUACACUUUAUAGUUGGAUUUUCAAAUAAUUUGAAACCAAACUUUAAAAAAAUGGAUUUUAUCAAUUGUUAUCAAAAUGUGAUAACUUUGAAUCUCAGAACAAAUAUGUUAAAGUUACUUUUUAACGACUAAGAAUAUAUUAGUGGAUCUUUUCCUUAAUGUUUUAAUGAACUAAAGGAUCUUGACUCAAGGUAGUCCUGGAAAUCAUCAUCAUCUGUACAUAGCUCAUCUUGUGUGUCGUUAAUUAAUCAAACAUGGAAUUUACUGUUACUGAACAUCGUGAACAAUGAAACAUAAAUAACAUUGUUUAUGAAAUUGUACUAGAACUAUUGCUGUAAACAUUGUAAAGGGGAGGGGCCAUAUAGGAGGUUACCAUGGUGAUGAUGACAGCUAGUAUGUAUAGAAGGGAAAGCCGUGGACACUAUAGGAGUAGAGGCGCUGAGGUGAAGUGUUUAUAUAAAAGGGUUGCUAUGUAACGGACAGAGGGCAACAGUCAAACCUGUCUCUAGGAUUAUUUUAUUACACAAAAUAUAAAUAUGUACCUGUAUUUUACAUUGACAUUCAUGCAUUUUACAUUAACAUGAUGCGUUUGUUUUUAUCAUGACAUUCCUAUAAGAACGUUGUUAUUUUAAGCAGGAUUAUCACAUGGUGUUUGUUACAAUUAUCAUCAGAUGUUGUAGUAAGUCAAGAUUUGCUGUGUUGUAUCGAAUUCAUGGUUCUCGGCCGUCAUCCUGUCCGAUGCUUAUCUGACCAGUUACGAACUGUAACCAUCAUCGUCACUAUAUCAUCUUCGCUGUGAAAUGUUUGGUAGAAAACAUUGACCCACUCAUACUUUUCCGAUUUAAGUCUAAUGACGAGAUUUGACAGUUAGGACGAGAUUGAAGAACUUCAGGUUGUGUUCUGUUAAACCACAUUCCCACUCCAGACUUGUGGAUUUCAGACUUUGCUCAGGGGCUGCCUUAAAUGUCACAUGUGGGAGAUCUGCUGAUGACAUACCUAUUACAAAUCUACAGUCCUCUAUAGGGCUAACACACAUAGUGUAGUAGGGCAUUUCUACAUACGGGAUGGUUAUUACAAAUAUCACAAACAUAUAUAUAUAGCUUGCUAUAGGGCUAACACACAAAGUGUAGAAGGACAUUUCUACAUAUGGGAUGGUUAUUACAAAUAUUACAAACAUAUAUAUAGCUUGCUAAAGGGCUAACACAAAAAGUGUAGUAGGACAUUUCUACAUAUGGGAUGGUUAUUACAAAUAUCACUAACAAAUAAACUAGGUCCUACAUUUCUUCAAUAUUCCACCCCUUAUAUGAAAUAUGUUAUUUCUAUCGCCCAUUUGUAAUGAUUACAAAUCAAUACUGUCACAGUCACUUUGUAAAUGUCUUCUUGAAGAAUACGAACGGACGUCAUAUGAUCCUUUUUUUUAACAUAUGUAAUGACAUCCAUGGGAAAUGUGAAAAUGGAUAAGAAAUAUGAAUAUAUAAAAUGAUUUUUAGUUUGAUCAUGGUUGAUUUCUGUAGCUGUUUUAUUACUUUGUAUUGCUAAUAUAAAGAAACAUAAGAACCAUUGCGCUUAUUUAAGUUGAUCAUAAUGAUAUACCUAUUGGUCAAAUGGGAUACUUAUUGGUCAAAUGAGAUACUUAUUGGACAGAUGGGAUACGAGGCCAUUUGCCUGAUGGAAUACUUAUUGAUAGAAUGGGAUACUUAUUUAGGCCAGAUGGGAUGCUUAUUGGUAGAAUGGGAUACUUAUUUAGUCAAUAUAGCAUGCUUAUUGGACAGAUGGAAUACUUAUUUGUAGAAUGGGAUACUUAUUUAGGCAAUAUGGCAUGCUUAUUGGACAGAUGGAAUACUUAUUUGUAGAAUGAGAUACUUAUUUAGUCAAUAUGGCAUGCUUAUUGGACAGUUGGAAUACUUAUUUGUAGAAUGGGAUACUUAUUUAGUCAAUAUGGCAUGCUUAUCUGACAGUCGGAAUACUUAUUUGUAAAAUGAGAUACUUAUUUAGGCAAUAUGGCAUGCUUAUUGGACAGAUGGGGUACUUAUUUGUAGAAUGGGAUACUUAUUUAGUCAAUAUGGCAUGCUUAUUGGACAGAUGGAAUACUUAUUUGUAGAAUGAGAUACUUAUUUAGGCAAUAUGAGAUGCUUAUUGGACAGAUGUCAAUAAGAUGUAUUCCACAUAUAUAGUUAGUAUAAGACUACAGGUUUCUGUGAGUGAAGGAAACACGUUGGUUGUGCAAUGUCAUUCUUUACUGUAACGUAUACAAUGAAACCUCCUUAAUCUGAUUUAGAUCUUGGAAUUGAACCUUUGGAUGCAUACUUCAAAUGACAAUAAGUUCGGCUUUUCUUAAUAAAAAAAACCACGGAAAAGUUUGGCUCUGCAUGCUUUAAAGUCUGGAACAUUUGAACAUAUUUUUGUGAUUUGUAUUCCAAACAUUGUCCUAGAAUCGAAACACUAGUACAGAUUAGGAGGUUUCACUGUACUUCUGGUGUUAACAUUCCAAUGUGUCGCGGUUGUGCUAAUGUUUACAUUUUAUAAGCUUUUUACUAUGUGAUAAAUCAGCUGGUUUUAUCAGACUUUUAUUCGGUAUUGUUUUUGUGGAUAUUCCUUGUUAGUGAUGUCAGUGUUGUGUUAUACAAAGGUAGACUCUAGUCUACUAGGUUACUGGGUUUCGUUGUACAAAUGGUUUUUUUUUCUAGGUUACCUACAGCUUUUCAAAUCGCUACCUUGUUCUUUGUAUAGGCAUUUUAUGUACAGCCAGAACAGUUAAUUUCAAAUUUUUUGAUAUAACAUUUUGCUUCAGCUGAAGAGAGAAAUGAUAUUGUUAAAAUAAUCACAUUCCUAAAUCAAAAUCAUUCUGCUGUAUGAAACUGUUAAGUUUUACUGUGUGUGAUUGUCGGUUUAGAUUUCAUUGUUGUGUUCCGUACACGUAUUGUGUCUCGUUCUUUACCAUGAACUAAUGACCUGUAUGUAUUCAUACAUCAUUUUACCGAAACAAAUAAAUUCUUCAGAUAAAAUCAUGUUAAAACGA